ACGAGAUGUGCAUGCCAACACCACUUCGUACCCACUAGCCGUAGCAGAAGUGCAGAACAGCGAGCAGCGCCAUGAGCAACAUGUUCGGCGCUGGCGGCCAUGGAGGUGGCGGAGGGGAGCAGCAUGGGGGAGCCGACGGCACGGUGCUGUGCUACUUCCACCCGAGGGAGCUGCUGGUCGGCGUGUGCGCGCACUGCCUCCGGGAGCGCCUGCUGCUCCUACUCGCCACCAAAAGCAACAACGUUAACGGCCGCGCGCGCCCGCCGGCGGACGGCGCCAGCUACCUGUCGGCGCGGCCCUACUGCCGGGCGCUCCGGCGCAGGACGGGCAGCAUCUCCAGCUCGCUCCCCAAGGUGUUCGCGCUCGGCUCCUUCCUCCAGCGCCUCGACUCCUCCCGCCACCACCAUCACCACCACCACCCCGACGAGGUCGUCCACGACCACGACCUCGCCGGCGAGGACAAGGACACCGACGCCGACGACGCCACCUCCGUCGCCAGCCUCGACGAUUCCUUCAUCUCGAUCAAGUUCGAGGACAACGGCAAGGCGACGUGGGUGGACAGCCAGAACGGGGCCGGAGCAAAGCCGGUGCGCGAGGCGGCGGCGGCCACGACGAAGACGACGGCGUUGGUGGUGGAGCACGCGGGGCGGCGGGGUGGCGUUACGCGGUGGCGGAAGCAGGUGGUGGGGCGGCUGCAGCUGGCGCGGUGGAAGCGGGCGUCGGGCAAGCAGUUGUCGUCCUCGGCGGCGGCGUACCAGCGGUCGAAGGCGCGUGGCGGCGGCGGCGGCGGCCGGGGCUGGAUCCAGAGCCUGACGCGGCGGCGCACCGCGCACGGCGAGAGGGCGUGGUCGUGAGCGGGCCACGGGCACCUACACCUACACACGUCCACACGUGAUCGGUGAACCUGAGCAUGUACGUACGCACGCACGUGGUGCUCCUGUUUGCUUGUGACUUUGUGCAUACGGCCAGCGACCCACAGAUCCAUCCAUAGCCAUAUCCAUAUCCAAUUAUUCAUUUCAGAUAUACUCCUAUAUACAGUAGCAGAUUAGCAGUGAUAAUCAACUAUAGAUAUAUACGCAGCAAAAAAAGGAAAGAAUCGCAUUCGGCAGAUGUCGUUUCUUUCUUGCAUGAGAGGUGUUUGUUUCUUCCCAAGAUCAUGCUCAUGAGUUUACACAGAGAUUUUUUUUUUUCUUUC